CUCGCGCGCGACUCGCUCCCGCCGCGCCAUUUACCUCAGGCGCCUUUUCCCGCCUUUUUUGGCCAGGCGGGCGGAUUUUUCGACGUUGUCCUAAAAACACUCGCACGCACCACACAUUUUUACACUUUAAACAAAAUCUCCUUUUCAGCUGAGCUUUUUUUCUCUCGCCUCCGCCUCACCAUGAAGUGUGUGAUUGGGGGCGCCCACGUCCGAGUAUUUGGAAGGGCCAUACAUGCCCUUGCACGGAUCAGUGACGAAUUUUGGUUUGAUCCAGUGGAAAAAGGCCUUUCCCUGAGAUCUGUGAAUUCGUCUCGGUCGGCCUACGCCUGCAUCUUCUUUUCAUCUACCUUCUUUCAGCAUUAUUCCUGCACAAAUACAGCUGAACAGAGUCGGAAUAAAACAAACAUACAACCUAGAUGCCAAUUGGCAAUAAAGGCAGUCCUUCCUGUCUUUCGGUGCUUAAACACACUGGAAAGGAAUGUGGAAAAAUGCAAGAUUUAUACAAACUUUCACGACUGCCAUGUGGUUUUUCAGCUUUUCUGCAAACAUGGUGUUAUGAGAACUCAUAACUUAGCUUUCCAGGAAUGUGAAGCUUUGCAAGUUGUGUUUGGAAAACACCUCUGCCCGAAUGUACUGAAAAUCCAGCCCAGGCAGCUGUCCGACAUACUGGUUCAUUUUCCAACCUAUCAGGAUGAAGUGACACUCGCGGCAACGCCAUUGAAAGUCUGUUUCAAGACUUACCUUGAGGAUGACGCAGAUUUUGCCAAGGCCAUGCAUACAGAAAUCCACCUCAGCCCGGAAGAAUUUGAAUAUUUUCAAAUUGGAGUCGACUCUGAAGUCACCUUUUGCCUUAAAGAGCUGAGGGGUCUUUUAGCUUGUGCAGAAACUAUCAAUGCUCCAGUCUCUGUUCAUUUUGGUGUUUCCGGAAGACCUGUCGCUUUCAGCAUUGAGGACUUGUUCGUGGAAGCUAGUUUUGUUUUGGCUACAUUAACAGAGGCUGAACAUGGGGCAUCCUCUCAAGAGCCUCUUUCACAAGCUGAGAAAAGGAGUCGUCCAACAGAGAGAUGCCAUCAAGACACCGUCAUCUGUAACAAGGAUGUCAAAGAUCCAAAAACAGCCACAACUCCAGCCCCUAGGUUUACUGUGACGGAGGGCCUGGCUCCACCUGACCCUAGCCACAACAAGUUUCAUUCCUUGUUCUUUGGAGCAGUGUCAUCCACGGAGCAGGAUAUCACCCACAUAUUCCAUAGUUUGGCAACCGCAAGCGAUACAGAAGAGGAUUUGAGCCAUGGAGAACUCUCGCCGGCAUUUUAAUGCUGCAAAAUAUCCAUCUGUUUAAAAGGUUUGAUGCCGUCAUCAGGCAACCUAUGUAUCUGCUCGACACCCAGACUACUUGAGUUUCUGCUAGUUUUUAAGACGUGUUUCACAGUAUUAGAAUAUCCUCAUUAUUUGGUACUCUUGCGAGAAGAUUCUGGACAAAUAUUUUAUUGCCUCUUUAUCGCCUAUGUAACAUUUUCAAAGCACUGAAUCAAGAAUUCAGACAUGACUGGUGAGGCUAAGUUGAAUGAGUAUAACUGCCUUAGCCUAUUUGCACUUACCUGUGAGAUUUGAGGGGAUCGUUUGGGCAGGCUGAAGACGGAGGUGGUACAGAUUGGGCUCUGUUGCUCCUCCAUGUUUAAUCAAGGUUUGUAAACUCACCAGGCAAUAAAACUACUUUUGAGAAUACAGUACUGGGAAAAAAACCUUGGAAUACAA